AGUGUUACCAUGGGGAUGGUCAACAAUAGGCAACCCGAGACCAAGGAACAUCAGAGGUUAAAUGUCCUGCUCUGCACAUACAGAGAUGGAAGUCUAGGACCUUUCGAGUUCACUCUUUGCCAAAGCAUGUGAACGGGACCAUGUUUACUCAGUGUAGAGAUGCACAGGAAUGGUACACUCCUGGCUGGAAGGUAGAACCCAAAUAUUCUACUAAAGUACUUAUUGGAAACUGGCUGGAAGAAAGAAAAAAGUUCAUACGUGACCAUGAGGGAACCGGCGAAAGCACCUAUGACCGAGAUUAUGUUCGUUACCCAGCUCAGAUUCCAGACCGAACAGUGAUGAGAAGAAUUAUUAAGCAGCUGGAUGGCCUGCCAAAGAAGUAUAUAUUGACCCACCACGAAGAACCGAGACACCGGCACUUAGUAUCGCAAUAUGACGAUCAAUAUAAUAGGCACGGCUACAACCCUGUGCUGCCUCCACUUCGCAAAUGGAGUAGACACAAAAUGGCUUGGAUCCCAGAGAAGACAGACUACCCGCUUGUUGAACCACCAACCAACUAUGGGCUUUUCGAGCACCUUGUGAAAAAAUGGGGUCACAACGUGCCUGGAGUGAUGAACAGCGUCUACACGGUCUCCUACGUCAAGCCACCUAGUACAGCCUAUAUCCCUCGCAAGCGGCCUGUCACAUUUCACACCCUUGAAGCCAGUGCUCCGCAGUGGCUGCCACGAAGUUCUGUUUAGUCUCUCUGGAAG